AUGGCUUCCAACAACUUCCCAUCCUCGUUACACGAUGAGUACCCGCAAAGAGCAGAUCUGCGUCAGAUGAUGGGGCAGCGACCACUUCCUACAAUCCCUGCCGGAACGAUAGAUCCAGCUUCCAUGGCUGGUGAUGAGCCGGUGAAGCAGGCGCGCGCUGUUUUGGAUCGUCUGAGCGCUGCACUGGCGGUCGACGAUGCCAUCGCCCUCGAGAGUUGCUUCUUUGCCAGUCAGGCAUAUUGGAAGGAUCAGCUGGCGCUCACCUACCACCUGCGCACAUUCAGCGGCCCUAGCGUAAUUGCGGCGGGCUUACUCGAGACAAAGAACUUGAGGGAGAUUGCAGGGGGGUUUGCUGUCGAUGGAGGCGCUGUCUUCCUCCCAGCCACGCCGACGCUUCAAUUUAUCGACUGUGGGAUUAUUUUCCGAACCGGGUCGCCCGGUGCGACGUGCAAAGGAAAGGUGGUUCUACUGCCUGUUAAAAACCGCGAUGAGACAAUUGAGUGGAAGAUUUGGGUUCUGAGCACCUUCCUCGAGAGUUUGGACUUACAGCAAGAGGAUGAAGCGUUGCUCCAUUCUCCCGGGAGGGAAUUGGAUGGCCUUGCAACAUUUGACACGGAUGUCUUUAUUAUUGGAGGAGGCAACGCUGCUGUCACAGUCGCAGCGCGUCUCAAGGCGUUGGGAGUCGAGAGCGUCAUGGCCGAGCGUAAUCCGCGACCCGGCGACAACUGGGCUUCGCGCUACGAUUGCAUGCGGUUUCACAUCCCAACAUCAUUCUGUGACUUGCCCUACAUGUCUUAUGAUGAGGAACUUCGAGCUCCCCACCUUUUAACUAGGGAUGAGCUGGCUUCGCAGGUCAGGCGAUAUGUCGAGACCUUCAAGCUGAAUAUGAUCACCUCUGCUCAGAUCCUGUCCACCAAGUACGACCCAUCUACGAGACUUUGGGAGGUCAAGAUCAAAACCCCUGCUGGCCAGCAAACGGCCCACUCUAAACAUCUGGUGCUUGCGACUGGCAUCUCGUCCCAGGAGCCUUAUCUGCCAGGCGUGGCGGAUAGUGACUUCUACCAAGGAACCAGUCUUCAUUCGGCUCAGUACCGGAAUGCAAAGCAGUUGGCGGAGACGGGAGCCAAGUCCGUCCUAGUAGUUGGAUCUGCCAAUACUGCUUUCGACGUUCUCGAAGACUGCCACGCCGCUGGUCUCAAGACAACAAUGGUCGUUAGAUCUCCAACCUACAUUGUCCCGGUCGAGUACCUCUGCGACAACCACAGUCUUGGUGCCUAUGACAUGGGCGUCGAGAUAGCUGAUCGACUCUUCCUGACGCUGCCGUCAUAUGUAGACGCCCAGCUCGCUCGAGGUCUGAUGACCCAGUUCGCAGCACAGGAGCCGCAUCGCUACGACGCUCUCGCAGCCGCCGGGUUCCCAGUUAUCGACAGUCGGGACCCAGACAUGGCAUUGAUGCACAACUUGCUGGAGCGAGCGGGUGGUCACUACGUGGAUGUGGGUGGUACCAAGCUGCUGGCGGAUGGUAAAGCGGGGGUGAAAGCCGGAGUCGAGCCCAUUGCGUACACAGCGACUGGACUACGAUUUUCGGAUGGAACCUCCGUCGAUGCAGAUGCAGUGGUUUGGUGCACAGGGUUUGCCGACAAGGACGUGCGCGACAAUGCCUUCCGAAUCCUCGGCGGACAGUCCUGCAGUCGAGAGGCUGACAAUGGGACUACGCAUAAGCUUGGCGCUCGUGAAAUCGCUGGUCGUCUUGACGCGACAUGGGGUCUUGAUGCCGAGGGCGAGGUACGUGGUCUGUGGAAGCGUCAAUCGCGCCUUGAUAACAUCUGGGUCGCGGGUGGCUAUACGCAACAGCACCGGUGGCACUCGCGGACAAUAGCCCUGCAGAUCAAGGCGUCUCUGGAAGGUGUACUACCUCCAGCAUAUAUGAACACUCCAAGACCUGUGCGAGGAAGCCCGCAGAAAUGUACGCUCCUGUAG